CACAAUGACCCCACUUUUAGGUCCUCCACCAUGCAACAGUGAUGCUGAGAAGCUCAAGUUCAUUGAAGACAUGACCAUGAACACAGACAAAGUCCAAGCCAAGGUCCUCUCUGAGAUCCUCACUCAGAACUUCAACACUGAGUACCUUAAAAGAUUUGAUAUCACUCCUGACACUGACCGUCUUGCUUUCAAGUCUAAGGUCCCUGUUGUCACUUAUGAUGACCUUAAACCAGAUAUUCAACGUAUUGCUAAUGGUGACCGUUCCCCCAUCCUCUCCUCUCAUCCCAUUUCUGAAUUCCUCACCAGUUCUGGCACAUCGGCCGGUGAACGGAAACUAAUGCCAACUAUUGAACAAGAACUCAACCGAAGACAACUUCUUUACAGCCUUCUCACUCCGGUCAUGAAUCUUUAUGUGCAGGGAUUAGAUAAAGGGAAAGGAUUGUAUUUUUUAUUUGUGAAAUCGGAGACGAAGACGCCGGGAGGUUUAACGGCGAGGCCGGUGUUGACAAGCUAUUAUAAAAGCGAGCAUUUUCGAACACGGCCUUUCGAUCCAUUUAAUGUUUAUACUAGUCCUAUCUCAGCCAUCCUUUGCCCGGAUGCCUUCCAGAGUAUGUACUCUCAGAUGCUUUGUGGCCUCUAUGACCGUUGCCAAGUCCUUCGUGUCGGCGCCGUCUUUGCUUCCGGUCUCCUCCGUGCAAUUCGCUUCCUGCAACUCCACUGGCAAGAGCUUGCUCAUGACAUCGCCACCGGAACACUGAGCGACAAGAUCACUGACAUCACCGUCCGUGAAUCACUAGCCGGAAUUAUUCAUCCAGACACUGAACUCUCUAAAUUCAUUUCCGAUCAAUGCUCGAUAAACAACGAUUGGUCGAAGAUCAUACCGAGGAUUUGGCCCAAUACUAAGUACCUCGACGUCAUCGUCACCGGAGCCAUGGCUCAGUACAUACCGACUCUGGACUAUUACAGUGGUGGAUUGCCGACGGCGUGCACGAUGUAUGCUUCUUCGGAAUGUUACUUCGGUUUAAAUCUCCGACCAGUGUCCGAUCCUUCACAGGUUUCCUACACCAUCAUGCCGAACAUGGCUUACUUUGAGUUCAUCCCCACAAACUCCUCCAACAAAGCUGAACUAAUUGACUUGGCUGAUGUGAAAAUUGGUGAAGAAUAUGAGUUAGUGGUCACAACCUAUGCUGGUCUUUAUCGAUACAUGGUCGGAGACAUACUCCAUUGCACAGGCUACCAUAAUUCAGCUCCGCAAUUCAAAUUUAUCCGACGAAAGAAUGUUUUGCUCAGUAUCGAGUCCGAUAAAACCGAUGAAGCUGAGUUGCAAGCAGCGGUGUCUCGUGCAAGUACAAUACUACAAAAACAUUGCGAUACAAGCAUUAUCGAAUACACCAGUUAUGCCGACACUAAGGAGAUACCAGGACAUUAUGUUAUAUACUGGGAGCUCCUGGUGAAGAAGGAGGGGAGGUGGCCGGAGAAGGAGGUGAUGGAGAAGUGUUGUUUGGAGAUGGAGGAGGGGAUGAAUGCAGUGUAUAGGCAGAGUAGGGUGGCAGAUGGAUCAAUAGGGCCAUUGGAGAUAAGGGUUGUGAAACAAGGGACUUUUGAGGAGCUUAUGGACUAUGCCAUUGCUAGAGGAGCUUCUAUAAACCAGUAUAAGGUUCCAAGGUGUGUGAGCUUUCCUCCUAUCAUGGAAUUGCUUGACUCUAGGGUUGUUUCAAGUUACUUCAGCACUGUUUGCCCUAAGUGGACACCUAAUAGUAGUGGCAAGUGAAUUAAUGAUGGUGAUAUUUGUCCCAAAAAAUAAAGAAAAAAAAAAGAAAGAGUGAAUGAUGGUGAUGGUGGUGGUGGUGGUGGUAGUAAUGGAAUUAAUUAAUUGCAUGUCUAAGUUAUUUCAAUGCUUGAAUUAAUGUUGUUAGUUGUUAUGCAUGUGUAAAUAUGUGGGUUUGGGAAAUGGAAAGGAAUGGAGAAGAGUUGUGGUAGAGUCUAAUCAUGGAUGUCUAUUUGGUUGUUUUCUGGUUUACGUGUGUGUAUAUAAAUGGUAAUGUUGGCAUGGUGGAUGGAGGAGAUGGCAUGUAAUAUGUAAUUAAGUUAAUUA